AUGGCGGCUUUUCUGGAACCUCAUACAUAUCCCAAUUCCUCUGCGAAUUGUUCAUCUGGCCUGGAAAACUCAUGGAACCGGGUUGUUGCUGCUGUGCCCCAAAGGCCGGAACUGCACUCGGAAAUCCUAUUGGAUUUGGGGAAUGGCGAAGGGCGCGGAGGUUGUGGUUGGCCAAAUGUAUUGCCUUCAUUACCGUUAGCAGAUGAUCCAAAAGCAGAUGAUU